CGCGAUCACUGCCACACAAACCGCCAUCUUGCUGCCGGUCAGCUGACGCGGGCACGUGGUCACGGGGUUGCAGACACCAGGAUGUGGCGGUUGAUGCUUGGAUUCUUUGUCGUGGCCGUCGCGGCGGCGGCGGCGGGAACCGAGGCCGGGAGCGCGCCCAACAUCAUCAUCCUCCUCAUGGACGACGUGGGUUGGGGGGACCUGGGGGUCUUCGGGGAACCUUCCAGAGAGACGCCAAACCUGGACCGAAUGGCUGCAGAAGGAAUGCUGUUCCCGAAUUUCUACACUGCCAACCCACUGUGCUCCCCUUGUAAGUGACAUUCCUGCACAUACUGUAAACCGACAGUGGCCAGUGCUCAAACAAAGAUUAAAAACACUUUAUAUUUCUGUAGCACCUUCCAUCACCUCGCUGUGUUCCAAAGCACUUUACACCUAAUGAAAGUACAAAAGACUAUUUUUAAAAAUUGAGCAAGAAUCCAGCACUUGACCAUUGAAGCCUGCACCAACAUUGAUCAUGAUUCA